AGAAACAUAAAAGGAGUUUUUCGUAUACCAAUCAUUGGGCUAUGGUGGCAGGAAGAUGUUGGCCCGGAAGAGCAUUAUUCCAGAAGAAUAUGUUCUUGCACGCAUUGCGGCUGAGAAUUUGGGCAAGCCGCGCAUUCGAGACCGCCCACGCAAAGCUCGCUUCAUUGCCAAAAAUGGGGCUUGCAACCUGGCCCACAAGAAUAUCCGUGAGCAGGGACGUUUCCUGCAAGAUAUCUUUACCACCUUGGUGGACCUCAAAUGGCGCCACACUUUGGUCAUCUUCACCAUGUCCUUCCUGUGCAGCUGGUUGUUCUUUGCCAUGGUGUGGUGGCUGGUGGCUUUUGCCCACGGGGACAUGGACAAGCCUUGCAACAACGAAGACAUCAGCAAAUGGAAGCCGUGCAUCACCUGUGUCAGGUCCUUUGUCUCUGCUUUCCUCUUCUCCAUUGAGGUCCAGGUGACCAUUGGUUUUGGUGGAAGGAUGAUGACUGAAGAAUGUCCUAUAGCCAUCAGUGUUUUGAUCCUCCAAAACAUUGUGGGCUUGAUCAUCAAUGCUGUCAUGCUGGGCUGCAUCUUUAUGAAAACUGCCCAGGCACACCGGAGAGCAGAAACCUUGAUCUUCAGUCGGAAUGCAGUCAUUGCUGUUCGUAAUGGCCACCUGUGCUUCAUGUUCCGGGUAGGUGACCUGAGGAAAAGCAUGAUCAUUAGUGCUUCAGUACGAAUCCAGGUUGUAAAGAAGACUACUACUCCAGAAGGAGAAGUCAUCCCGAUCCACCAGGUUGAUGUUCCGGUUGAUAAUCCUCUUGAAAGCAACAAUAUUUUCCUAGUGGCUCCAUUGAUCAUUUGCCAUGUCAUUGAUAAACGGAGUCCUCUUUAUGACAUCUCUGCCAAUGACCUGGCCAACCAAGACCUAGAAAUUAUUGUCAUACUUGAAGGUGUGGUGGAAACCACUGGAAUCACCACCCAAGCCAGAACAUCCUACAUAUCAGAAGAGAUCCUCUGGGGUCAUCGCUUUGUGCCCAUCGUAACUGAAGAGGAAGGGACUUAUGCUGUUGACUACUCCAAAUUUGGCAACACAAGCAAAGUUGCAGCACCCCGCUGCAGUGCCAAGGAGCUAGAUGAGAAGCCCUCCAUUCUCAUCCAGACCCUCCAGAAAAGUGAGCUGUCCCACCAGAACUCUUUGAGGAAACGUAACUCCAUGAGAAGGAAUAACUCCAUUCGGAGGAAUAAUUCCAUCAGGAGGAAUAACUGUUCCUUCAUUGUGCCUAAAGUCCAGUUCAUAACACCUGAAGGCAACCAGAACACCUUGGAAACAUGACAAAACCAAGGAGUCAUAUACAGCAAUUCUGCAGAAACAGGGUUUUACCUUUGUUAUAAUAUUAGUACUAAUUUGGUAGAAACAUUUAAUGGAUAUUAAGGGCUAUUUAUUACAUGCAGACACCAGAUCAAACCAGAGACAGGGUGCAGUUGAAUCCAUCUGUCCCUAAGACUCUCUAUCAAUAUAUGGCCCCAUGUGUGCAUCAUUUGAGGUUGAGAUGAUAUACAGUAUAGUCAGCAUUUCUUUGAAUUGACACAUUUCUUUCACAGAAAAUAUUAGCAUGCUGGGGGAAAAAGUAAAUCAAAACAUGGUGGGCACUCACCCUUUGCACCAUGACAAAUCAUGAUUAAUUAAAAUGCAAAUUUAGAAAUAACUGCUGCCGUUUAAUAGUGAUACCCAUACAGUGCAGUGUAAUGGUUAAGACCAAGAAAGUUGGCUUCUAGUCCCUUCUCAGUCACCAAAGCUCACUGAGUGACUUAGGACUGGUCACUCUCUCCCAGUCCAGCCCCCUUCACUGGGUUAAAUCACCCGAAGGGUCAUUUGCUCAGUCUGCUGUUAAAUGCUAACUGUAGACAUCUAUAGCAAACUACAGUGAUGAUGGUGAAUUACUAUCAUGCAAAUGCCAUCCUUACAUACUUAUAUCCAAACACCUAAGUCAUGUCAUCCUUGUGCUCUUGACAUCAUUUUCUCCCCAUUAACAACCCUAAAUGUCCAUGACCAGAUUGUCUUUAAAAAACAGACACCUUCACCGGCAGGACUGUACUCUUACAGACCUACAAAUAAAGGACUGUUUUGUAUAAAUAGGGCAUAGGGUCACCCUAGGCAAAAGUGACAGGGUAGCAAACUGUGUUGAAAGAAAGGUUUGUGUGGAGGCUCACUUGAAGAGAACUCAUCCAGGGAUGCUGUGGAUUUUCAGAGAGAGGUUCAAGAGUGUUCCUGCUUUACAAGUAGCAUUUGUGUUCAGCUUCAGUAAAUAUCCUGGCUGAAUUCCACCUAGGGGGAAGAAAGACAAGGAUCUUCUUGUGACAGAUAAUCCUCAUGUCUUGUUUGGGUGCCUCUCUCUGAGAAAUGUUUAGAAUCAUUGGCUCCUGGUGCCAGGUAGUCCAUUGAAUCAAAUAGUCACUUAUCUCCAAUUUGUUUCUGGGACCAACUCAAAGUGCUGGUGUUGAUCUUUGAGGAGCCUAGAACCGAAAGAAUUGGAAGAAUGCAGAACCUGGUAUCUGAAAAGGUGCCUUUCUCUCUUCUAAACCUGACCACUUGUUGAGGUCCAAGGACCUCUUCAGAGAUUGUAAGAUGGGCAAGGAGAGAAUUAAGCUUUUCCUUGGUGACACCCCUCUUGAGGAAAACUCCUCCCCCAAUAAUUGUUUGCUACCCAUACCUUUGGAAGAGGAGAAAGACAGCAAGUUACCUCUUUUGUUUACAUGAAUGUUGGGCCAAUUGUCAUUUGAAACUAUUAUUCAUUCUCCCUUCACCUUCUAUUUAAUUCAAAGCUGUUUUAUCUAUUUUAGCGUGAAUGUUCGUUAUGGGAAAUGCAUGCAUGUGUAUAUCUGUGUGUGUGUCUGUGUGUGUUCUUUGUAUCUAAAUCUCUAUCCAUAUCUAGAUAUCUGUUGAACUGUAUUUCAAAAGUCUUAUGUAAUCCAUUUUGAAAAUUGUAGAGUCUUAGAGGAAGGGAAUAUUUUAAGGAAGUGUUAUGCCAGGAGUAUUUUGUUGAUGAAUAGUGGAUAUUGCUGAAGCCUAUAACAGCAGGGUUUAGCAGUAACAGUAGCACUAUUAGUUAAAAAAAACCACAAACACAUGGGAGGAAUCCCCUCAUGAGUGUGGAAAACAAGGGAGUUCUAGACUAGCAUUUCUCAGCCUCAGAAACUUUAAGAUGUGUGGACUUCAACUCCCAGAAUUCCCCAGCCAGUGUUGCCCAGCCAGAAUUCUGGGGGACUUCCAGCAUUCCCCAAUCAGAAUUCCCCAGGCAGCCAGCUUAAAGUUGCUGAGGUUGAGAAACACUGCCCUAGACAAUUGAAGAGAUGGUUGUACAAGACGGCACCUUUGUACACACCUCUUGGCCCGUCUGAACCAAAAUAAGUGCAAGAACACUUUGCUCUGCCUGCAAGAAUUUUCUCUUUUUCCUUUGACAGAAUUUCUAAAAAGAAUUCCCUUUCAUUAAAUUGAGCGAAAUUUAGAAGAUCUAAAUCUAACCUUCCUGGGUUAGAUUUGCUUCCUUAGCCACAAUAUAUGCCAGCAAUGUGAGAAACAAGCUGAAAGUGAGCACCUCUCAGGGCUGAGAUGCCUGUCCUGCCAACAGUCUGUCAGCUUCAAGGCCGUGAAGCAAAGAAUUUGUUGAAAUGUGGGGAGAAGAAGCAGUGGGUUUAAACUGGGUAUAAGAGAGGAGCUACACCGCCAUGCUGACAGAGGAAAAAUCAACUGUUCAAUGGGGCUUCAUUGUGCAAUAAAAACCUAGCCGUGUCAUGUCAUGUUUCUGACAGACCUCAGCCAAACCCAAAUUUAGCAGCUAAAUUAAGCCACGUGAAAUGGAGGGCUAAGAUUUACUGCGGAACCCUGGUCCAGGAAACCUAGUAAUCCUAGCCACCAAUGUAAGGUUCCUUCAGUCAUUAUGUGCACACUACUAUAUUUCCUUCAGACUAAGACUACAGUGCAUGUUGCUGAUUUACCCAUCAUCAUUGACCUUCCCCCUGCCUUCCAUCAAUUUAUUAACAAACACUUGAAUACAGUUCUAGUCACUUGAUAAUAGUUUUACUAAAUCUCUGUAGCGUUCAUAAGCUAAGAUUGGGGAGUUAAUAUUUGCUUCACUGUAUGGUAAGUUGUGGAUAACUACUAUUCAGUCCCCACAUGUGUUCAUUUAUCAGCAAAUAAUGCACCUUGAAGAACCAUUGUAAGAAUUCUGACAUAUCUAAAUGUAGGGAGUAUUAGCUGUCCAGCCUCACCAAGAAGACUUCUUCAAUAAAGU